AUGAUGAAGAAAGUGAUGGCUGACCAGCAGGCCCAAGAAGCAGCGAUGAGAAAUUUGGAGCAAAAAAUGGGACAACUUGGCAGUGCCCAAAAUACUCGACCAACUAGGGCUCUUACUAGUGAUACCGAGCCUAAUCCUAAAGCUCAAGUCAAUGUGGUUACCUUGAGAAAUGGAAGAGUGUUAGAAGAAGUUCCAAAGAAAAAGAAGUAUAUGGCUAGUCUUGAAGGAGAAUUAGUUCCCAAGCUAGUUGAGGAGAAUGAGAAAGAGAAUAAAGGAUCAGAGCCAGUAAUUGUGACAAGGCCACCACCUCCGUUUCCACAAAGACUACAGAAGCAAAAAGAUGAUGCUAAGUACAAGAAAUUCUUAGAUAUUUUGAGCCAAGUGCGUGUGAAUUUGCCUUUGGUGAAAAUUUUGCAGGAAGUGCCUAAACAUAUAGAGUUUGAAACAGUUGCAGUUACUGAAGAGUGCAUUGCUAAAGUUGAGAGUAAACUUCCUCCUAAGUUAAAGGAUCCUGGGAGUUUCACAAUUCCUCUAUCUCUGGAAAAACAAGAAGUUGGUAGAGCCCUGUGUGAUUUAGGGGCUAGUAUAAAUUUGAUGUCAUCCUCUUUGUUUAAGCAACUCGGAUUGGGGGUGCUUAGACCUACUACAAUUACAAUACAGUUAGCAGAUAGGUCACUAGAUGAGGAAGUGCCCAUUAUUUUGGGGCGACCAUUCUUAGCUACUGGUGGAGCGAUUAUUGAUAUGAGGGAAGGGAAGUUAAAGAUGAGAGUUGACGAUGAGGAUGUCACUUUUAAUGUGUACAAGGCACUUGAGCUCCCUAAGCAUUAUGAAGAUUUGUGCAUGAUUACUGUGGUCGAAUUGAAGGGGAUAGAGCAGAGUUCUUAUGUGAAUUAUAGUGAUCCAGAUGGGACAACUGAGUUAGAGGAGGUGGUAUUGCAAGCUGAGUGUGUAAAGAUGAUUGAGAAAAGAGCCAGAGAAGAAAGAGGAGAUCUUCUGAGAGCGUGCAAAAAUGCUAGACUUCAUGGGAGAAAGAAGAAGAGAAAGUGCCCAGCCUGA